UUGAGUACAGUCGUGUGUUUUGGUUUAUUUAAAAUGAAUGUAGAACAAUUAAUAAGUGAAGUUUUUUCUCGGCCGGCUUUGUGGGAUCAGAAAAAUAAAUGUUAUCAUAACCGUGUUUUAGUGGAAAAGCUAUGGAUGUCCGUUGCUUCAGAAAUGAAAAUACCAAGUAAAGGAAGACUUAAAAAAAAAAAAUGGAAGUAUUUACGCGAUCAAUUUCGAUGUGAAGUACGCAAAAUUCCAACUCCAAAAUCGGGGGAUGCCGCAUCACAAAUUACUUCGAGUUGGCCUUAUUUCAAUUCUCUACUGUUUUUAAAGGACCAAAUGAAAUUCAGAAAUUUAAGUGGUAAUUUAAAAGCGUCAAGUGUAAAAGCUACCCAAGAAGAGGUUGUAUAUGAAGAAGAAAUUGAAGAUAUUCUCAACACUUCACAAGUCGAAGAAACAAGAGAUCUGUGCGACAAUGACGAGUUCAGCUGUGAAGUUCCAUCGAAAAAAAAAAAUACCUCUAACAGCACUGCCCAAUUGUUGGAAAUUGAAAAAAGAAAAUUGGCACUGCUGGAAAAUAAAAAAAUGGAAAAAAAGACUGUAUUGGAUGAAGAUGAAGCAUUUUUCGUAACUCUUUUGCCGCAUAUUCGGAAGUUGGACCCAGAGAAUAAAUUCCUGUGUCGAAUGGAAAUGCAAAAUAUACGCGCCUUUGUCUUCACCAACCAGCGUUUCUUCUGA